AUGAACCAGCUCAAUUAUACAGUAAUUAUUCUGAUAUUUGGUCUGAUUUUUGCUGACCAAAUCCUUGGCGAGGACAGCGAGGAAGCAGUUGAUUCAGUAGAGUCUCUGACUGAGGAAAGCUGCUCCAAGAAGCGCAGUGGUUGCUGCUCUGAAUUUUUCAUGGGAGAUAGUCCAAAUAUUGCCAAAUGUAUGACCAUCCACUCUUCAAAAAUGCCGGAUGAAGAUAGUGAAGAUUUGGGCAAACUAUUUAAAUUUAUGUCGUGUUUUGUGGAGUGUGUUUACAAGAGGAGCAAGUUUAUUGGCAAGGGAGAUGCACUAAAUAUGAAGAUGGUUCAACUGGAAGCAGAGCAAUUAUAUGAAGAGAGACCCAAGGAGAAGGAUUAUUUCCUCAAGUCCUAUGAGAGUUGUCGCAAAAAGACUCAACUGGAAUUUAAUUUGCUCAAGUCCACGCCAGGUAUUAAAUCUUUACUGAAGAACGCCUGUAGACCCUACUUUAUGUUAUUGCAUAUGUGCGUCAUGGAUUAUCAUCAGAAACACGAAUGUCCCUAUUUUCGCUGGGAGUCGAAUAGUUUGGAUGGCAAGGAUCAAAGCUUCUGCGAAAGAGCUAGAGCCAAAUGUUAUGCCAUUGAUGGAUUAAAAGUGCCCGCUAAUCAAUUACUUGAAUAAUACGAAUGGGAUUUAUAAAUCAAAAAAUGACAACACUAAAUAAAUAAAUACAGAUACAUAUACAAAUACA